AUGGCCGAUAAGGCAGAGGAAGGAGCGGUGAAGAGGAGUGGAGAGGCAGGAAUAGAAGACGGGACGAAGGAAAAGAAAGAUGCGGAGGGGAGGGAGGAGCCCAGGAAAUCGGAAAAGGGGGGGAAAAGAGGUAGGCCCUCGAACAUAGAGGUGUUGAGAAGAGAAAGGACGAUGAGCAUAGGAAGCAUGGAAAACCUAGAGGAAAUAUGGAAGAGAAAAAGGGAGGAAGGAAGUGAAGAGGGUACGCAAAAAGGAAAAGACGAUGAGGGGAAAAAACGAUCAAGCGAAUGGAUGUUUAAAGAAAGCAAUGUGACGGAAAGAUCUCCAGAGAAGAAAAAGGAAAGGAGAGAAGGUGUUGGAGAAGUUGGCGAAAUAAAAGAAUUAAUAAAAGAUUUAGGAAGAGACCUGGGAGGGAAGAUGGAAAGGGUGGAAGAAAAUAUGAGGGACCUAAGAAACGAAGUGAGAGAAGGAAUAGAGAAGUUAAAGGAAGAUUCGAUGAGAAGGGAGAAAUGGUGGGCAGAACAAAAGAGAGAAAUGGAAGGGAAGAUAGAAUUCCUGAUAAGAAAGAUUGAGGAAUUAGAAGAGAAGGGGGAAGGGGGGACAAAGUGGAAUGAGAUGGAAGAGAAAGUGCAUAAGACGGUACAGGAAGUGAUAGAAAAAAGAAAGGAGGAAAUAGGAGGUGUAGAAGACGCAAUAGAGGAGGUAAAAGAAUUAGGUGCGAGUGAAAGAGGAAAAGAAGUUAGCAUGAUGCUGCUAAAAAUAAAAUCAAAUGAACUGAAAAGGAGGAUAAUGGAAAACAAGAAGGCGCUAAAAGGAAGAGAAGACAGGAUAGAAGAAGACUUAACGUGGGCGGAGAGGAAGACAUAA